CUGCGAGCGGAAGCCGGUGUUUCACGGCGCAGAGCUUUUGCAGCUGGUCAUUCCAGCCUCCUGGGACUCUGACUCGCGUUCGGCGCCGCGCUCCUGCUGAGGGUUGUCCCGAGAUGUCAUUCGGCCGCCAUCUGCGAGGAGCUUAACCCGGCCCACUUGCCGCCCGGAUGGGACCUCCGGAGUGCUUUCCAGCUGCUCUGCUUCCAAUCCAUCUUCCUGCUAAUGCACCUGGGAAGACAGUGAAAAAUGGCCUCAAAUAGUUGAGACCUUGCCACCAUGUGGGAGACCAGAUGGAGUUCCUGGUUCCUUGCAUCAGCCUGGCCCGGCACAGCCUGUUAUGGCCAUCUGGAGAGUGAAAUGUAAGCUGAAGUCUCCAGUGAAUAUUGAGUGGCUGAGGAAUUUGAGAAAAAGCAAGACGAAGUUCCCAUUCCAUGGAUCCCUUGGGUGCACCUUCCCAGUUUGUGGAUGUGGAUACUCUACUCAGCUGGGGUGACUUGUGUGAAGAUGAAUUAAAUUCUUCUGAUACUGCAACUCAAACUGUUCCAGAAGACACUAUUCGUUCACCUUUUCUUUAUAAUAAGGAUAUCAAUGGAAAAGUGGUUCUUUGGAAAGGAGAUGUGGCAUUACUCAACUGUACAGCCAUUGUGAAUACCAGCAAUGAAAGCCUCACAGAUAAGAAUCCUGUGUCAGAAAGUAUCUUCAUGCUUGCAGGGCCUGAUUUGAAGGAGGACCUUCAGAAACUUAAAGGUUGCCGAACAGGUGAAGCCAAAUUGACAAAAGGAUUCAACCUGGCUGCCCGGUUCAUCAUUCACACAGUGGGACCUAAAUAUAAGAGCCGCUACCGCACAGCAGCUGAGAGCUCCCUGUACAGCUGCUACAGAAAUGUACUUCAGCUGGCAAAAGAGCAGUCAAUGUCUUCCGUUGGAUUCUGUGUCAUCAAUUCUGCAAAACGAGGUUAUCCUUUGGAAGACGCAACACACAUAGCGCUUCGCACUGUAAGGAGAUUUCUAGAGAUUCAUGGAGAAACCAUUGAAAAGGUCGUAUUUGCUGUCUCUGAACUUGAAGAGGCUACUUACCAAAAGCUGCUACCUCUGUACUUCCCAAGGUCAUUGAAGGAGGAGAGUCGAUCUUUGCCCUACCUACCUGCAGAUAUUGGAAAUGCAGAAGGGGAGCCUGUGGUACCUGAACGGCAGAUCAGAAUCAGUGAAAAGCCUGGUGCUCCGGAGGACAACCAAGAAGAAGAGGAUGAAGGCUUGGGAGUUGAUCUCUCUUUCAUUGGCUCUCAUGCUUUUGCUCGAAUGGAAGGAGAUAUUGAUAAGCAAAGAAAACUAAUCCUGCAGGGACAAUUAUCAGAGGCAGCACUGCAGAAGCAGCAUCAAAGAAAUUAUAAUCGUUGGCUAUGUCAAGCAAGAUCUGAGGAUCUGUCUGAUAUUGCUUCCCUAAAAGCCUUAUACCAAACAGGUGUCGAUAACUGUGGUCGCACAGUGAUGGUGGUGGUUGGAAGAAACAUUCCUGUAACAUUAAUAGAUAUGGACAAGGCUCUCUUAUAUUUCAUCCAUGUAAUGGAUCACAUUGCUGUGAAGGAAUAUGUAUUAGUAUAUUUUCACACACUGACCAGCGAGUACAAUCACCUGGACUCUGACUUCCUGAAGAAACUCUAUGAUAUUGUUGAUGUCAAGUACAAGAGGAAUUUGAAGGCUGUUUAUUUUGUUCAUCCAACAUUUCGUUCGAAGGUAUCCACAUGGUUUUUCACCACCUUUGCUGUCUCAGGACUGAAGAACAAAAUCCACCACGUGGACAGCCUCCACCAGCUAUUUUCUGCCAUAUCACCAGAGCAGAUCGACUUUCCUCCCUUUGUCCUCGAAUAUGACGCCAGGGAAAACGGGCCUUACUAUCCAUCUUACCCCCCAUCACCGGAUUUGUGACCUGCCAUCUGUCAGUGCUUCUUGAUUCCAAGGAUGCCACUUCCGCCACAGAUCACUACCUACUGAAGUGAUACUCAUUUUUCCUGUACAGAUCCAGAGAGCCUUUUGUCCCCACCUCUCUGGUAUUUUUUUAUUGACUGUAUAUUUUCUGGCACAUAAGCAAUCUGAAAAUGAUAGGCCAUUCUGAACUGCACACAUUUUAAAUUUGUAUAUUUGUAUCAAAUGGAAAUGUUCAUUUUUAGAGUGUUGUUAAUAGAAACUGGGGAGCAACUUUUGAGUAUCUUCAGUUUCCUGAGGGACACUGGAUUCUGCAUUAGACAAGCCACCAAUUUUAUUCAUGUCAUCUCUUUAACAUUGCACGCUUCCUUUGUGUACUUAAGUGUUUCUUGAAAUAUAUGGAACCAAUGUAUGCUGGC